CACACGCACACAAAAGCGAGACUUGAAUUCUUGGUGUUACCGCGGAGGUGCUUUUCCUGGGACCGACAGGCAGGAGGCGUGCAAGCCUCCCUUCCAAUCUGCUGGGGGCCUCAACGUAGCAAUGGGAUGCUAAGGUAAGCGUGUUUAUUGUUUAGCAUUAAAACUGCUGUUUGACAGUUUUUUUUUUUUUUUUAAAUGAUGUCAAGUGUUGGGUUUGUUAGCUUGGGUCCUGAAGAAGGGGCUUUGUGUGUGUGUGUGCGCGUGCACGCGUGUGGGUGAUAUGCAGCUGAUGCGCGCCUGUGUGUGUGUGCGCGCGCGUGCGUGUGUGUGUGGCAGCUGAUGCGUCUGUGGCGGAUCCCCUUAUUGUUCUUCUGCCUGCACACUUCAUGCUUGCACGUCGUGUCGUACAUUUUAAAUCCUUCCGUCGGUUUAAAUGGGAUGUGUGCCAGUUUCUUAUCCAUUGGGAGGCGUUAAUGCACUAUUGUGAUUACAGUAGAGUAAGUAAAUGUAGCCCACGUGGCCUUUUGGGAAAUCUAUUUGGCUAGCAGAGAAAUUUCCAUUUGGUGAGUGGGCGCUCUCGCUGCGUCUGAGCGGUCGUGUUUCAGCUGAUACGCUUCGUCACUCCGUCGACGCCUCGCCACCGGGAGACAAUGCUCUCGGCUUCCUUCACCGUAUUACCUUUGGGUCCUCAGAGCACACUUGGGGACGUUUGUCUGUGGACCAAUUGGGUGUAAUAUGUCUUGUCUCCACCGUGGGAUAGUAGGAAACGCAAUUUUGAUCUCAUUGUAUGUCUUGACAUGUGAAGAAAUUGACAAUAAAGCAGACUUUGACGUCACUUGUCAGUGGUGGCCGCCGCGCAUUUAAAUGUACGGGUCGGCACCCGUGGGUUUAGCCUGCGAACCAGCCUGCGCAGGUUUCCUCGUCUUCCGCUACAAAUCGCCUCGGCUCGGUGCUUGUACGUAAACGUGAGUCGCUUCUGGCUUUUUCCCCCUCGUGUGCUGGUUGCAGGCGGUGAGUGUGCGUUGCGUCCGGUUCUUUCGCAUUCCGGGAAAUACCAACUUAAGCGGUUAGCGCCUCCUGGGAUGUGAGACAUGGAGCAUGCACGGCUUAGCUUGCGGGUGCAAGGAAACUUUUUGUUUUUAGAUAUUUUCAGAAGCAACACAGUUGUUGUAGUCAGCGGAAUUAAAGCGAGACAUCUUGCGUUGCUUGAUGAGGGAAUGUCAGAAGACCAUCUCGCCUGAUACGAAUGGGACCAAAACGCUACGACGUCAGAUUUGAGAGACCGAGACGCCAGACGGCACCUUUCAGUGAGAGCGCUUCGAUAGGAAGUCCAUAUUAUAUAGGCAGUUCAAGCUAUUGCUUGGACGUUUUCUGCAGCAUAUCCAUUCAGAGGAAUUUGAGCCGACCGUAGAAACCAGUGUUGGUACUUGACGCAAGAGUGGAGCUGCCAAUGUGAACUUUUUGACUGCCUUCUGAUGUACUCUCCUUCACACGUAGUUGGAGCUCAAUGCUACAACGUUAACAUUUUUCCCAUCAUGCCACGGGCUUUUGACUUGUGCAUGUGUGAGUCAAAAGGCAUUUUUUUCAAAUGAUUUGGCCUGCCUUCUCUCAAUAUGUACGAAAAUAGGUCACGCUCACAACUUUGGAGCAACACAAGACGCGAGGAUUUGUGAAUGGUGAGCCUUUGACAUUUUGGUUGGAAGCAGCCAAAUUCUCAAGUCCCACACUACACGAGACGGAUGAGCGCUUAAGGUGGUAAAGUGCGGUCCUCAUUUUGAGGGUUUACUCUUUGGUUGUCAUUGCAGGUCCAGAUGAGAGUUGUGGCCUAUGUGCUUCCAAGCAUGGCCCAAACUGGAGUGUGUUUGGUGUUACCCGUCAUGUUGUCAUUUCAGGUCCUCGCGGUGAGCGUUGAGGAUCGUUGAUUUUCGGGCAACAGCAAAGCCGCGGCCGCCAUGCCCAUCCUGAAGCAACCGGCGUCUGGCUUCUCCCAGAAGAAGCGGCACUCCCGCAGCAACCUGAGCCGGGAGAUGAUCAGCGCGCCGCUGGGUGACUUCCGCCACACCAUGCACGUGGGCCGCAGCGGCAACGCUUUCGGAGACACCUCCUUCCUGGGCACGCGCUCAGGCCAGCCCACCACCGACUCUGCCUCCUUCCCCGGCUCCCCCCGUCCGGGAUUGCUGUCGCGCGCUUUCCGCAGCAGCAAGCGCUCCCAGUCCACCACCCGCGUGGACCAGCAGCGAGAGCUGUCACCGCUGCGCUCAGAAGGAUCGUCUCCUCAUGUCAAGAGCGCCAUGUCUUUGCCCUUCCUCAACGACGAGGACGGAGGCCAUGGCGCGGCGGCCGAGACUCUGUCCCCGGGUCCUCUAAAGCGGCUCGGCGAAAGCGGAGCCGCUGCUGCGUCGGCCGCCGGGAGUCGCUUCCCGGAGCAGGUGGAGCCAGGUUCUGAGGAGAUCCCUGAGAGGCGCGGAAUGAAGCAUGCCGAGUCGGUCACGUCCUUCCAUGUGGACCUGGGCCCGUCCAUGCUGGGGGACAUCCUGGGUGUGAUGGAGAAGGAGGACGUCGACCUCGAGGAAGGCAAGGGUGGCGAGGGCUGUACCUCCCCACUGCUCGGCGCCCACCAUGAAGAUAACGGGAGGAGUAUGACGGUGCUGGAGAAAGAGGAGGAAGCGUGCUGGAGGACUGAGAUGGGGGCGCCCCACAGCGGCCGCUGCACCCCGCAGUUCCUCCCCAAACACUCACAGCACCCGGAUAGCCGCUCCGUGUCCAGCUCGGGCUCGGCGGCCCGCUUGUACUCGGCCGACACGGACAGCACCAGCUUCAGCGCCCCGCCUGAAGAGGAGAGCCACUUCUUGUCCUUCUUCGACGACGAAGAUGAUGAGAUCCGCGUAUGAGGAAUGCGAGCAACCCUCGAGAGCGGCCGUCGCGAGGAACCUUUUGUCUCCUCGGACUCUUUGAAUACGGAACAUUCCAGAAGAGGGCCUCCGAGAACAGAAAGGAAAAAAACGAGCCAGUAUUUGAUGUCACCGUGCCUCACAGUUGAGCGCAUCUGGGUUUCAUGUUCAAACCUCUGCUUGGACGCAUUUUCUACCAAUCCAAUUUUAGUAAGUCGCUUCAUAGCCAUUGAGGGGCUUGUGCAAACGAUUGAAAACUGGGGUGCCUGUAUCACAGCCGAAUGUCGCCCUGACUCUGUCACGGUGAACACCCCCCCCACACACACACACACACACAACUAUUAACUUUA